AGUAUUCCAUAGCUCAGCGAGCAAACUAUCGCGUUUAGAAGUUUAUAAGGUAAGGCAGUCGUUUGAAAAGUGUCAGGUCCAGACGUCAUUCUAAGAAGUCCUACAAAUACGUGUAAAUGUUUUUGGGAACUAACAAGCCAACUUCUAAAGACAGGGCUCACCUGAAACGUUCGUGUCCCGUUGUCUGAGCGUUUUGCAGGCUUAAGGAUGAAUAUGAAGCACUAUUAUUCCAUACUUGCUGCCUUCACAGUAUCUGCAGCACUGCUAUAUGUAGCAACCAGGACCACACAACUACAGGCAAUGGUUCUGGAUCUACAAGUCAUGAGUCAACUCAAGUCCAGCGCUCAGGUUGUGACAACGAAGAAGCCAUCCGUCGGGUCACCAGUGGUGACGGAUGACGCUGAGGCCGCCCAUCCCAUCCCCAUGAACGACAAGCUCCAGGUCAUGACGAACAAACAACUGGCAACUCUUUAUAACGAUUUUCUGACCAACAUCCAAGUGUUGUGCCGAGACAAGAUUAGGAUGGGCAACAUUCAAGCCGGCGGCUGGGACGUCUGUCUGGAUGGACAUUAUAAGCCAAAGAAAGACCACUGCAUCGUCUACUCAUUCGGCAUUGACAACGACUUCAGCUUUGACGACGACGUCGCUAGCACCUUCGGUUGUGAAGUGCACGCUUUUGAUCCAAGCAUGAAGCAAAAAGACCAUCUGAGAGGCAGGCGUGUCCACUUCCACAACCUUGGUUUGUCGGACCGUGAUGGUAAAGGGAAGAGGCAGUGGCCAAUGAAGACGAUGCUCUCCAUCAGACAAGAUCUCAAACAUGCUGAUGGAGUAAUCGACUACAUGAAGAUUGACAUCGAAAACUCUGAAUGGGGAUCUCUGAACCACGCGUUCAAAACCAACGGCCUCAAGGGAGUCAAGCAGUUGUCGUUGGAGUUCCACGUAUUUGGUAAAGAGGAAAGGUCCAAGUACAUCUACCGGCUGAACGUCUUCCGUGGCUUGUACAACCUCGGCUACAGGAUAUUCUGGACACACAACAACGUGGUCUAUCCCGCCUGCAGGUUCACAUCUGUUUACGACGGCAGAGAGAGAACCAGAUGUCAUGAAGUCUAUUUCCUUAAAUGGGUGGUUUAAAUUCGUUGCGCAAUGGUGAUUCAAUUAGGCAUUAUGUGUUGGAAUCCCGUUUCGCCCUGAUUAUGUUUUUAGCUUUGUCGGCACUAUAACCGUGCUUGUGGGUUCCACCAAAGUGGUUCGCGUCUUGGACAUGCAUCAAUUCGGGCAGGUCACUGUAACUGUGGAUGUUUGUGGCUUGUAAAGUAAGCGUCUUAGUUUGACGGUAGUAUCCAGCCACUCUAACGUUGUCAUAUCAUUAUUGUAUAUAUUUCACAUAUCAUCUCAAUAAACAUUUUUUUAUAAAC